CAGUUAGGAUAGGCUUCCCUCUUCUCUAGGCCUGACUCAUGGCUUCCCCCUUCCCGCCUCUACUUCUCUACUUCUCUGGCUCUGGCCUGUAGUUGCUACCUGGUGAAGGACCAGAGAAGGCCUGGCAGAGAGGUGGUUCCUAUGACUGCUCCCUUCCCUCACUAAGAAGGUGGGUGAGGCCUGGAUACUAGGUUCUCUUUGGUAGUUUCCAUUUUCUUUUUAGAAGUCUGGCUUUCAGAGAAAGAGGGCCAUGGUAGACUGAGCGUGGUCAGGGGAGGGGGAGGGUGCAUGUGGAAAGGAAGGAAAGGGUGAGGAGUUGCCAAAUAGGAUUGUGGGUGAGAACAUGAUGCUUCCUAGAGUCCACUGGUGGGAGGAAAGGGGGGCUCUGCCCUGCUCUGCAGAAGUGGCCAGUAGGAGCUAUGCUGGCCCGUGUCUUGACCCUGGUUUUCAAGAGUUAUGUCCCAGUUGAGCUUCAGGAGCCACACUGUGGCUCUCUGGGAAGCAGAAGGGCAGCUACUUGGCUGCUGAAGGGAGAACAAGGAGGUUUGUCUGGGAGCACUUCAGGAACACUCAGCUGAAAGUGCUUCUUUAUAAGAGCUGUCCACUGUUGUCAGGGCUUCUUGUGCUUAGGACAGAGUAAGAAGCUCAGUGGUACUCUCCUCAUAAAAGAGAGAUGGGAGACUGCCGGACCCUGAGGGCCUCUCAGCCUGAAGCCUUGCUCGAACAUUAUCACUGUAGUCCUGUGAUUGGAACUCAGGAAUCUAGUCUUUCUAGGGUUUGCUGGCCCCAGUCCUCCCUUCUGGGGGGCACUACCCCAGCUCCUGAUCCUGACCUUCCCUGGGGACCAGCAGACGAUAGGAGAAGCAUCCUUUUAGAUAUACUGCUUGCGAUGGCCUUGCUUCCUGGGACUCAAUACACAGGAGAGGGAGUAACACCUCUCCCUGCCUGGCUCACAUUGCACAGCCAUUUCUGUGGGCCAGACUUUAUCUGGGCUGCUGGGCAGGUGGGUGGAUGGUGUGGGAGACUAGUAUUGCCCAAGCUUGUUUCUUGGUUCUUUCUAUGUAGCCUUGUAUGUGUUGGCCACAACCUUGAGAACGUUUCCUUUCUGGGAUCCUAGCUUAAGAGUCUCUCACUUUGACUUUGGUUUUCUUUCCCUUUCUUGUCUACAGUCCAGACAGCCAGACUCUGCUUACCGACCACCCUGUCACUUGCGCUGACAAUAGACCCUUCUGGCUGAUCCCAAGUCUGCUUCCAAAGCCAGACGCUGUUAGCUCUGAGACCACCUCCCCUGCCUCUGCCUGCUCCAAGUUUGAAUAUGGUAGAAUGGCCUGGAGCCUAAAGCCUCAGUUCAGACAAUCUGCUCAUAUCUUGGUUCUGAGUGACAUUUGGCUUCUGCUAUAUAAAAAAUGGAAGUAGGAAAGCUGAAUCCAUGACAUUGCUGGGACUAAAGGACAGAGUACAGAGCACAGAUGCCAAGCCUGGCCCAGUCACAGCCUCAUAGGCUUGUGGGAGUUUCCUCAUUGGUACUUGUAUCCAGUUUGUUUCCCUCCCUAACCUGCUCCCUUUGCCAGUGUGCCUGGUAUUCAUUUUAGAGGGAACUUAGUCCGCAGAAGUUGUGUUUUGUUCCUAGCUGGGAGAACACACACACACACACACACACACACACACACACACACACACACAGAGGGAGGGAAGGAGUCAGUGCUAUCUAGAGUGUAUUUAGAAAAGCCUGGCUCCUGACCCUGUGGCCUUUCUCUCAGCCCUUGCAGAAGGACCCCCUUAUCUUUCUCUGUUGAAACAAGUAGGCCAUGCAGGCCACGACCUGGUCAUUUUGGACAGGAAAGAAAACAACACCCUUUCCAAACAGAAGCAUCCUGAGUAGCGGCUGACUGAGAGACAGAUGUCAGAGCCCUGCAAGAGGGCUCUGUUAGAGGAGUGCCCCUCCUAUCCUGACUUACCCCCACCCCAGGACCUCCUGGGGGUGGUCUAUGUGUGUGGCUAGCCAUUUAUCUCUGUGCUCAGCCUCUGGCAGAAGGUUGUCAUCCCUCAGCUCUCAGGGGAAGCAGGCAUACAUAACUUACUCUUCUCGAACUAUCUAGGGCAGUCAUAGCCCACCCGCAGAGUGCUGAAAGGGGCUUCCCUUUUUGGAAGCCUGGGUAUUUUAAUGGGACCUCCCACCUCUAUAAACAAUUCUCUGCCACCUCUCUUUCAACUCCUCCUCCAAGAUGUGACGGCUACGACUCCUGGGUCUUCAUUCACAUCUUGCCAGCCAGCAGCUCCGGGUUUCGGAUCUCCAGCUCUAACAGCGGCUACUCCUCCGGGGGCCAGGCCUUUGGGACUGAAGGGAAAGGGACUGUGUACCUUUAAGGGGCUGGUCCAGCGGGAGCGCGGUGUUUGUUGGAAGCAGCUUCCUCUCGGGCCAUUCAAGAUCCCAAAAUCUUCUGCUGCUUCAGACCUGGACAGCCUGUGGCCUCAGCGUGUCGCAGUGGCCCCAAGCGGGUUGAGCCGUAGAAGAACUUGCUGGGGACGUUUUCCCAGGGCCCAGCCUCAUCCAAGAUACCCUGGCAUUGCCACCAUCCCGGCCAGGAUGGGCCUGCUGUUCCUUGUCCUUCUUUCACCACUUUCCUGUGUUUUGGGACUUCCGUUCUACAACGGCUUCUACUAUUCCAACGGUCUGCAUGGCAGGACCCUGGGCAAUGGCUAUGGAGAAGGCCUAUUCAAUGGCGUGAAGUUAGUGGUGGAGACCACCGAGGAGUCGUUGUUCAGUCACCAAGGAGCCAGUGUGACCCUGCCCUGCCACUACCACUAUGAGCCAGCCCUGGCAUCUCCGAGACAUGUGCGUAUUAAGUGGUGGAAGUUGUCAGAGAAUGGAACCCCGGAGCAAGACGUGCUGGUGGCCAUCGGGCAGAGGCACCGCUCCUUUGGGGACUACCAAGGGCGAGUUCAAUUGAGGCAGGACAAGGAGCAGGAGGUCUCACUGGAGCUUCGAGACCUGCGGCUGGAGGACUCUGGGCGCUACCGCUGUGAGGUCAUUGACGGUCUGGAAGAUGAGAGUGGCCUGGUAGAGCUGGAGCUGCGGGGUGUGGUUUUUCCCUACCAGCCCCGAGAAGGGCGCUACCAGCUCAAUUUCCAUGAGGCCCAACAGGUCUGCCAGGAGCAGGAUGCUGUGGUAGCCACUUUUGAGCAGCUUUUCCGAGCGUGGGAGGAAGGCCUAGACUGGUGCAAUGCAGGCUGGCUACAGGAUGCCUCCGUGCAGUACCCUAUAGUGCUGCCCCGGCAGCCCUGUGGAGGCCUGGGUCUGGCACCUGGGGUUCGCAGCUACGGCCAGCGCCAUCACCGCCUGCAUCGCUAUGACGUGUUCUGCUUUGCUGCUGCCCUCAAGGGGCGAGUGUACUACCUGGAGAACCCUGAGAAACUGACGCUGCUGGAGGCCAGGGAGGCCUGUCAGGAAGAUGGUGCGCAGAUCUCUACGGUGGGUCAGCUCUUUGCUGCUUGGAAGUUCCGUGGCCUGGAUCGUUGUGAUGCUGGCUGGCUGGCAGACGGAAGUGCCCGCUACCCCAUCAUUCACCCCCGACCCAACUGCGGCCCACCUGAACCUGGAGUACGAACCUUUGGCUUCCCAGACCCCAACACCCGCUACGGUGUCUACUGUUACCACCAGCACUAGCAGAGUGACAAGCUGUAUAUCUGCCCUGCCCCUAACUUUCGGGACUUAGUGUUUAUCAGGUGGACCAUUGUCCCUUGUGGGUUGGGGAACUUCUUGGAUUGUUUUUAUACUUCCCAACUUAAACAUUUAAAGUUAUUAUUAUUAUUAUUA